CGCUCAUUUACGGCGGCCUCUCUACAGAUGAACGUCAUAUAAUCGAUUCAGUGCAACAGAUAAGUUUUCCUUUCACCGACGAAGUGACACGUCCGUGGCACCCUUACGACCAGUGAGAAUGAGCACACUGCGACGACAGACUUGUGUGUAGCGUCGGUUUCUGUUGCCGACCGAUUUUCUCGAAUACACUCCGCUCCGGUGCACACACGAUGGAAGCCUCGCGGGGUGCGCCUCACCUCAGCAGAAGAAUCAGUGAAUGUCUGCCGGAUCAUGUAUUUCACGCCUGCACCCGGGACAGAACAGAGGACAUGUGCUUACAAAGACGGGCAGAUGGGGAGUGAUUCCAGCAGCGAGGACGACUACAACCGUAAAAUCGAGGUGCGUGCAAGGUUUCAACAACAUUUUACGCGUUGGUUUGUAUCACGAAUACGGAGGUUUUGCUCACACAGUCGUUCGAGUAAUAAUAGGUCGUCUUCGAUUCCGAGACCGCUCGUCGCCGGAAAUCCUCAGUCGUCCUCGCCGAGCACCCAAAGGUCGACAAAGCCGGCAGCCGCCAGAACGUGGGCCGCAGCAAGUCGCAAUGUCUGGUCCACCAGAUCGUCGAGAAGACCUCGCUCGGCCAACAGCCAAAGGUCGAGCCACAACUGGAACAGAUCGAUGAAGUCGAGCCGAGCGGGCCGGCGGCGGAGGACAACAAUGACAGAGAGCCCAUGUCCGGGAGGGACGACGUGCGGGCCACCGAGUCGCGGCUGCUCACGAAGAAACAGUUGAGUGACAUGGCCAUCAGCGUGAGGGCUCUGGCGAAAAAGUUGGGAAAUCUAAAGGUCAGACUGAAGAUCAGGGCAAUCUUCCUGCUCACAAAAAUCCACGACAAAACGUUGAUCGUCAAGACCAGGGAGGUCGCCAGAUGGUUGUUGUCGAAGGAUCGAUCCGUGCCGUACAUCGUGUACGUGCAGGAUCUUUUGCAGGACAAUCCUUCAUUCGACGCGGCAGGGCUCGUCGCGGAGGAUCCCUCGUACGGCGAAAGACUGAAAUUUUGGAACGUCAAUCUUGCCAGGAGACGGCCCCAAACGUUCGACUUUGUGAUCACGUUGGGCGGCGACGGCACCGUACUUUAUGCGAGCUGGUUGUUUCAAAGAGUCGUGCCGCCGGUGCUGUCGUUUGCACUUGGGUCACUCGGAUUCUUGACAAAGUUCGACUUUGAGAGUUACCGCACUACCCUGUCACAAGCCAUCAAGGACGGUGUGACGAUAAGUCUCCGGCUACGGUUCGAAGGGACCGUGAUGAGGUCGCAAAAGCGUCAUGAUGAUGCCGAUCGUCGAGACAUCGUGGAAGAGUUGAUCGGUGAAGAGGCCGACGACCGCAAGACACACAAGCCGGACGGCACGUUUGAGAUUCUCAACGACAUUGUGGUCGACAGAGGUCCCAAUCCCACCAUGUCCACCAUCGAGCUGUUCGGCGACGAGGAGCACUUGACGACUGUCCAGGCCGACGGAAUCUGCGUGGCUACUCCGACUGGUUCGACGGCAUACAACUUGGCCGCGGGAGGGUCUCUGUGCCACCCGGAGAAUCCAGUGAUCCUGGUGACGGCCAUCUGCGCGCACACCCUGUCAUUCCGUCCUAUAAUUCUCCCCGAUACCAUUGUUUUGCGUCUCGGCGUGCCCUAUGACGCCAGAUCACAUUCUUGGGCAAGCUUUGACGGACGAGAACGGAUCGAAUUAUUCCCGGGAGACUAUGUCACAAUAUCAGCCUCAAGGUAUCCCUUUGCCAACGUCAUGCCUACCGGACGUCGUAGUGAAGAUUGGGUCAACAGCAUUUCGAGAACGUUACAGUGGAACUCGAGACAACGACAAAAGGCAUUCGCCGAUUGGGAAGCGGAGAAGAAUGAUAACUCCAAGGAAGCCAAUGGUCAAAACUAUCAGUCUGAUGAUGACGGCCAGGAUAAAAGAAGAGGCGGAGAAGGUCAUCCAGGCUGGCGUGAAGACUAGAGAUGAUAUCCGUACGGAGCACCUACGGAAGUUCUACGGGAGUUUUUAGAGGAUGUAUCUAUAGACGGGGCCUAUAUAGCGUGACCGAGAGAAAACGGCACCGACCAGGGUGACGAUAUCAUAUCGAGAACAGCACCAGAUAUAACAAUGAAAUAACGAAGGAUGAAGUUCGUGAUG